UUUAUACUGACUGAAAGGUUAUACCGCUUCCUGCACAGGAUUCCCAGCAGAAACGGUGGAUUAAGCCUUUAUAAGCAUGGCUCAGGAGGAAAGUAAGCGGCUUGUAGUAGUGGUUCCCAACGAGACAUCCUUCCUUUCCCGACGUGUGUUUACAAGUGAAGAUGAAGCCUGGAGAGCCUACUUGGAGAACCCUCUCACAGCAGCCACCAAGGCCAUGAUGAGCAUCAAUGGAGACGAGGACAGCGUAGCAGCUCUUGGACUCCUGUAUGAAUACUACAAGGUUCCAAAAGAGAAAAGGCUCCUGUCUGUAGCUAAAUUUCCAGAGGAAGAAAAAAGAUUAUGCCAUGGGAGUGUGGAAUCCAUAAAUGAGCGCAUUCAGGGCACCAGGUCUCCCCCAGUCAACCUCUCAGUCAACACAGACUCUCGCAGUACAGAAGUGAAGCGAGACUCCUAUAGCACAGUACCAGCAGAGGUGGGAGUCGUGGCCACCAUAAAGUCAGAGGUGUAUUCUAACCAACAGCAAGAAAGGCAGUCAUACCAUCACAUGUCUUACCACCCAUCGACUCAGGAGGCACAUAGCAGUUAUGGCAAGGAUGAGCAAAGGAGCAUGCCUGAUAGCACCUUUGAAGACUCUUACUCUGGUGAAAAUGUGAAGUUUAGAGUGCCCACCACUUUAGAGACACAAGACACUCACUUUGAGCAUCCUGGAAUGAACACACUCCAAUACAGUAUAGAAGCCAGUCGCUCAGUUCGGCAGAAGCCUGGUGAGGGUCCAAUGAUCUAUCUAAACAGAGGUCAGUUCUAUGGCAUCACGCUGUCUGAGGCGGGGAUCAGUAAAAGCUUGCCUCAUCCUAUCAGCAAAGUGAGGAGUGUGGUGAUGGUGGUGUUUGGAGAAGACAAAUGUCGUGAUGAGCAGCUAAAGCACUGGAACUACUGGCACAACCGUCAGCACACUGCCAAACAGAGGGUCUUGGACAUUGCUGAUUACAAAGAGAGCUUCAACACUAUUGGGAACCUUGAGGAAAUCGCCUACAAUGCUAUCUCUUUCACCUGGGACAUUAAUGAGGAGGCUAAGGUGUUUAUCACGGUGAAUUGUUUGAGCACAGAUUUCUCCUCUCAGAAAGGAGUAAAAGGGCUUCCACUUAUGAUUCAGAUUGACACAUACAGCUAUAACAACAGGAGCAACAAACCAAUUCACAGAGCUUACUGCCAAAUCAAGGUCUUCUGUGACAAGGGAGCUGAGAGGAAAAUUCGCGAUGAGGAGAAAAAGCAGAUACGGAAAAAGUCAAAGGGUCAUGUGGCUGGAGGACAAGGUCACAAUGAUCUGGCAGGUAAAAGAGGUCUUGGAGUGUUAAUGCAGAAGAGAUCAGACAUCACGUUCUUCAAAUCCAUAACAGACCUGGAUUCUCAGCCGGUGCUGUUCAUCCCUGAUGUUCAUUUCAGUAACAUGCAGAGAGCUGCACAGAUGUUUGGGUACAGUACUGAAGAAAUGGAGAGUGAUUGCGUGAUGAUGAAAAGGGUUUUCAGACAGCCAGAAGAUGAUCCGUGUCUUCCACCAGCCAAACAGAGCAAAAGUGAUGUACCAAGGAGAGUUCUGCUAUAUGUAAGGAAAGAGUCUGAUGAGGUUUUUGAUGCAUUAAUGCUUAAGUCUCCAACAGUGAAAAGUUUAAUUGAAGCUAUAUCACACAAGUACUCCAUUCCUUUUGAGAAGAUGAGUAAAAUCUACAAGAAGAAUAAAAAAGGGAUUCUAGUAAACAUGGAUGACAAUAUCAUCGAGCACUACUCCAAUGAGGAUGCAUUUGUACUAAACAUUGAGUCUCAGGCAGAAUGCUUUCAGGUUACGCUCACAGAAAUCUAACAGCUGCAUUAUUAAGACAUGUAAUUGGACUUACAAAAGCUUUUUAUCAACCAGUUAGAAAACAACAACAAAGAUGGAUAAAGCAGAGUACUUAAGCAGAUAAUAAUGUAGAGUCUUUAUAAAUGUGUGGCAGACUGUGACAAAAUCCCUGUGUAUGUUCUUCUAUUUUUUUCCCUGUGUUUAAGUUCACACGAAAGCAUAUAAUUCUCCUUGCAAUUUAUAUGUAGAAUAACAGGUUCUUCAAGUAGCUUUUAAUAUUCUGCUUUUUAAUCCACUCUUAUAAAAUGACCCAAAUGGGAAAAACAAGCCACAGUUGGUUUGGAUAGGGACUUGGAUGUUAUACCUGUUAACUACUGUGUCCUGUUGUCUCUUCUUUGCUAUACAGUAUGUUAAGAUACCCUGUAUGUUUGAUUAAUGCCUGUGCAACAUGUAAAUAUUAAUGUUUUCAGUAUGUGUGAUUUUUUUUAUGUGUUUGUAUUACUUUAAUUUUAAUUCACAUAAUAAACUGUAUAUUUUUUC